UAAAAUCUGAAACCCGGAGAACUGUGAAUUGAUCGUUCCAAGUCACUAGAUCGACCGCUACAUGCACAAAUUUCUUCGAUCUUCUCUCGUUCGACGACCAUUCACUACGGCCUCAUUCAAUAUGACUUCUUUUUCCGCCAAACGCAUCGUCUUCACUGGCGGCUCUGGGAAAGCAGGUAGACAUGCGAUUCCCGAAUUGAUUACAAGAGGCUAUGAUGUGCUCAACGUGGAUAUGGUGGAUUUUCCCGACCCUAGUGCGAACGUAUUUACGCUCAAGACGGACCUGACGGAUAGCGGCCAAGUCUUCAACGCCCUGACAUCGCAUUUCAACUUCGGCGGCUACGAAGGGCCAAAUGUCCCAGGACCGCCUGAUGCUGUCGUACACUUUGCUGCGUAUGCCAGGAAUAUGUUAGUGCCGGAUAACGAGUGCUUCAAGGGAAACGUAACGUCCACCUACAACGUCAUCGAAGCCGCCUGCAAGCUUGGAGUGAGGAAAAUCAUCAUUGCCAGCAGCGAAACCACGUAUGAAGUCUGUUUCGGACAGGGCGACCUGGACUACAGCGCGUUUCCUUUAGAUGAGGAUGCCGAUGUGAAUCCCAUGGACACCUACGCCAUUUCCAAGCUGUGCGGUGAGCGAGUAGCUCGUGGGUUCGCCCGAAGAUUCGACGCCGAUAUCUAUGCUCUGCGGAUUGGCAACGUCGUCGAGCCUCAUGAGUAUGAGCGUGACUUCCCCAAGUACAUCAACGAUCCGAAGCUACGAAAGAGGAAUGCCUGGUCGUACAUUGACGCCAGAGACCUGGGCCAGAUCUGCGAUCUAUGCAUCCAGAAAGAUGGACUGGGAUUCCAGGUAUUCAAUGCGACAAAUGACACCAUUACCGCGACGUUCCCGACGCGCCAAUUCCUCGAGCAGUGGUGCCCGAACACCCCGAUAACGAGGGAGAUGAGUGAGUGGGAAGCGCCAUUGAGUAACAGGAAGAUCCGGGAAGUGCUAGGAUUCAAGGAGAACCAUAAUUGGAGGAAGUACUACAAUCCCGAAUGACGGACUGUGAGAAUGAAGAUUUGAGGUUCAGAUAGAAAUUGAAUCCCAUGUCCAUGAUUUGCUUCUAGACUAGCGUCUUGGCAGCAC